GCACUAGCGAUAGUCAAAAUGGAGGACACGUUGCCAGUCCGACGGGUUCAAGGUGCCGUUGAAAUGGAAGAUGGGAUAUGCCCGAUUGCCGAACAACCAUGGGGUAUUCUUGAAAAGAAUGGAUUAACUUAA